UUGCCCGAAUCGAGAUGCGAAACGUUGUCGAGUUCAUCAUUUCUGAUGGAAUGAACACGGAAGGACAACUUUACCGAGUAAAAAAGGAUUGUUCGGUUCAUUUUGUCCCAGAUGUUACUUUGAUUGGGAAGACGGUCAGAUUUUUCAUUAAUUAUCCCACUGAAAAGAAUCAGCCAUUCAAACGUAACGAAUAUCGUGAGCUGGAGUUAAUAAACCCCACACUGGCGGGACGAUCUGUUGACUGUUUCGAUAACUAUUUUGAACUGGCGCCUCUACCGGUUUCUGGAUCCUUUCAUUUCUACUUCUCAACCGAUGGCGGCGUUCCCGGCUCACCGAAUAAUAAUAUCGAUAAAUCGAACGUCGCUGGAACCGGUUACUUGACCGUCGAUCCACAUUUCAUCACACGGUCAGCGGGUCCGGAUUUGGACGAAGAUGUCACUGGGAGAGGAUGGGAGCUCGAUGGUGUCGUGGUGCAAACGUAUAUACCAAAGAACCUGGGGUAUUUCACGGAAUGGGAGUCCCGUCUGAUGACAGCCAAAGAAGGCAGUUACAAUAUGAUCCACUUUACACCACUUCAGGAGUUGGGUUAUUCCGGUUCGGCAUACUCGCUACGGGAUCAGUUGAAAGUUAACCCAAAUUUCACACCACCUGGGGCUGCAAAGCCCGUUGACUGGCCCGACAUUGAAGCUUUCCUAAAGCGUUUGGAGAGCGAGUGGUCCGUGCUGUUUAUGACAGACCUGGUUUUUAACCACACUUCCAAUGACAGCCCUUGGAUUCACGAGCAUCCCGAGUGUGCUUACAAUGUGGUCAAUUCUCCUCAUCUUGUCCCUGCUUACUUGUUGGACUUCAUUGUUUGGCGUCUCACCUUGGAAGCCAGCACAGGGGCUUUGGAAGCUCAAGGAAUUCCAAAAGUACUCAGUAAUCCGGAUCGGGAACUUCCUGCAAUUUCUCAUUGGCUUACGACACAGAUAGAAAGUGCACGGCUAGAUGAAUUUUUCCUAGCUGAUGUCGCUCUCGUGCAAAAGGAAUUUGUUUCCUGGUUAUUGUCGGCCAAAUCUUCUCUGGACACGGUGUCGUAUACAUCCAAAUCAGACACAUUGGUGCUGAAGAUUGCUGGGAAACGUAAAGGUCGUCGAUUCGGCGGUACAGUUGAUUUCAAACUUGCGCGGAAAUUGUUCGUUGGCGUUACGGAUCAUUCGAUGCCCUUCACCGAAGCUGGGGCUACGGCUGCUGCAGAUCGCCUAAGGAACAAAUUGGAGGAACUGAAUACAGCCAAACGACAGGAAGUAGCUGAACAUCUGCGUGCCGCUGUGGCUAACGUCAUUGCGAACGCCAACUAUCGGUUUUACGACCCUUAUGGCCCGAAGUUGGGUGUUGUAACGGAAGAGACGCCAAUCAUGUGGCAUUAUUUCUACCAACCGGUGCCUGGAGUGACUACUGUGAAGGAAGCGGAGGCGGUCUUGGAAACUCCGGAUGCGGCACGAGUUAUGGCUUUCAACGGCUGGGUGAUGAACUUUAAUCCGUUGCAAAACUUCGCGGAGUCCGAUUCGAAUGUUUAUUUGCGACGCGAAUUGAUAGUUUGGGGGGACUCAGUCAAACUCAGGUACGGUGAGAAAAGAGAAGAUUGUCCUUAUUUAUGGGAUCGCAUGGCAAAAUACACCGAGAUCACUGCCCGGAUGUUUCAUGCUGUCCGUCUGGACAACUGCCACAGCACCCCACUGCCUGUAGCUCAGUACAUGCUAGAUCGAGCUCGUGCAGUCCGACCGGAUCUGUACGUUGUUGCUGAACUGUUUACAAACAGUGAAUAUCAGGACAAUAUAUUUAUCAAUAAACUGGGCUUGAAUUCACUUAUCCGAGAAUCUCUACAACCUCACAACGCACAGGCACUGGGAAGUCACGUUUUCCGUUACGGCGUCACUCGUCCGGCAGGUGCUUUCUUCAGCCAAACUUCCAAUCAUCAACUCUAUCCUUCAGUCGCGCAUGCCUUGCUGUACGAUCAAACCCACGAUAAUCCCAGCGUAGCAGAGAAACACUGUGUUUACGACUUCCUUCCAAUCGCUGCCCUAUGUUCUAUUGCAUGUUGUGCCAUCGGCAGCACGAGAGGCUAUGAUGAACUCGUACCCCAUAAUAUUGACGUUGUGAAGGAGAAAAGACUGUAUGCUAAAUGGCCUGAGGGUGUCAACGAGAGCACUGGUCUUGUGGCUGUAAAGUCGGCACUAAAUGAGUUGCACGCUUGGCUGUCCUAUCAAGGUUUCACUGAGACGUUUGUGGACCAGUGCUCAGCUAAUGUGAUUGCUGUGACCCGGAUUUGUCCAUCAACCCGCGAAUCUGUACUACUUGUAGCACAUACGGCAUUUAAUUACGACAUCGUUAAUCAAGGUCGGGUCGAUUUCAAACCUUUGGAAGUGAGUGGUCAAGUCAAUCGCCUGUUGCUUGAAGUGCAGACCGUAUACACCGGCCCCGGUCGUGCAGAAAGCGAAUUUAAACAAGACCCUGACUUUAUCAAUGGACUGCAACAUAUUCAGUUCCCGAUGCUACAGAAUGUGGAACCUGGAGAUAGCAAAAUGUUCCGAAUUGAACGCUGUUCUAAUCGACAAGCUGGAUCCACUGAUCGUCUUCAUUUCCAUCAUUUUCCUCCCGGUUCGGUGGUCGUAAUUUCCGUCUGUUUGACAAGCUCUCAGGAGCGUGCCAUGUCCACGCUGCACUCCUUCCUAAUCACGCAGUUCGGUUGUUCAUUGCACAAGCAGCGUUUGAGCAUCAAAAUGGGACGUGGAGAUAAGGCUUAUACGCCACAUUUACUAUCGUCUGCUCCGAUUCAACUUGAGGCUAAUGCUAUACGAAUGCUAGCGUCUGAUCUUCGUCUGAUUGAUCUCAAUCGAAUUUUAUUCCGUUGUGAAGCAGAGGAGAUGGCGGACGGUUUUCAGUCGGGAGCCUAUGACAUACCAGGUUAUGGGAAACUGAGUUACUGCGGAUUUCAGAGUAUCGCCGCACUUUUGGAGGAAAUCCGUGAUAAAAACGACUUGGGACAUCCGGUGUGUGGUAAUCUUCGUAAUGGAGAUUGGUUGGCUAAUUAUCUUGCGAAUCGACUUUGCCGGAUACCUGAGGAUGCAGUAGGUACUCUUUCACCCCAUUUGAGCUCGUUUGGAAAAAUACUUCAAGAUUUGUUUGCUCCGUUGGAGGCCUUGCCGCGAUACUUAGUUCCAGCGUAUUUUGAAACACUGGUUCAUUUGGUUGUUGACCUGCUGUACAAAGAGUCUGUUUUGCACAUGGCCCGCUGGAUCGAGUCCACAUCUUCGGUAAUCAAAAGACUUGCAAUCGCGACCAAUCAGUUUUACGGAUUUGUUGGCAACUGUCGUCUUCCACCUCCAAAACCCCCGUUACCAGUACAGAUCAUGUCGGGACAGUCAGCUCUUCAGUCUUGGUGUUGUAGCCUAGCUGCGGGACUACCACACUUCGCUGAAGGGAUGUGGCGUUCUUGGGGCCGAGAUACAUUCAUUUCGCUCAGAGGUUGCCUUUUGCUCACGGGUCGGUAUGAGGAUGCCGCGAACAUUAUUUUAAGCUAUGCAAGCCUGGUUCGUCAUGGUUUGAUCCCCAAUUUGACCGGAGAGGGUGCCAACGUUUGUCCUCGCUAUAACUGCCGUGAUGCUGUUUGGUAUUGGUUAUAUGCGAUUGUCUGCUAUGAGACCACUGUGGGACAGCAUGAGGAGGAAACAGAAUCUGCAAAGCUGAAUCAUUACGAAGCCACUUCAGAGAAUGGCUCGAGAUCUGGUAGUACGGAUAAAAGUGAAUGGAUUGAAUCAUCGCUUCACUCGAAGAGUUUAUUGGAACGUCCUGUUUGGAGAUGGUUUCCCACAGACGACACGCUGGGUUGGCCAACCGAGAAUCCAGAACGGCGUUUAUCGUUCGUUGGCUCGCGAAUCCACCCGUUGUAUGAAGUGGUCCAAGAGGUCCUGCAGCGUCACGUGUCAGGCAUAGAUUUUGUUGAACGUAACGCUGGUCCACAGUUAGACGAACAUAUGAAACCAGAAGGGUUUCACGUUACAGCUUCUAUUGAUCAGAAAACUGGAUUUCCAUGUGGUGGCAACGCUUUCAAUUGCGGUACAUGGAUGGACAAGAUGGGCAGUUCCGAUAAGGCACAAAACCGGGGGAUCCCGGCCACUCCUAGAGAUGGUUCUGCUGUGGAACUCGUUGGUCUCGCUUAUGCUGUCGUUAACUGGCUACAAAAGUGCCACCGUGUCACAGACGGAAAGAAUGCUUUCUAUUAUCCGCAUUCCGGCGUGCAGUUGCCGGAUGGAAAGUUUUUCACCUGGACUGAUUGGGCUACCCGCUUGAAGCAGUCGUUCGAACCAGCCUUCUGGAUCCCGUCAGAUACCACUGAUCCAUCGCUGGAGUACAACCGAGGUAUCUACCGCGAUUCGGUCGGUUCCUCAGCCGGCUACACAGACAAUCAGUUGCGCCCAAACUUUUUGGUCACAAUGGUUGUGGCCCCCACCUUAUUUACACCGGAGCGUGCGUGGAACGCCCUGGAAAUCGCCCGCGAGCGUCUCGCCGGUCCAUUUGGCAUGCGUACCCUGGGAAAUAACGACAUGGCCUACCAUGGUGAUUACCGUAACGAUGUUGACUCUACCGACUAUCACACAUCCAAGGGAUUUAAUUACCACCAGGGUCCUGAAUGGCUAUGGCCUACUGGCUACUAUUUGCGGGCGCGCAUGUUAUUUGCCCGCAUGCUAUCAUCCAAUCCACAGUACAAGUCGUUGGUGAGGGUAACCGUAUCGGAGUGCCAAAACACACUUGCCCGUCUAGAUAAAGCUAUCCGAUCUACUCCAUGGCGGUCUUUACCUGAACUGACUAACUCCAACGGUCAGAUGCCAGUUUGGUCGUGCUCCUCAAGCCGCUUAGGACGAGCGUAUUUCACCCUUCGGGCAUCUGGUGAUCCUGACGCAACGACUCGUGGUAUCUACGAUGUGGGAGUUGCACUCAUCCCCAAGGCUGCAAGCGUCUUACUGGACUGGAUCCCAGUAAACAGUCGCCUUUGUGCUGUGCGAUUAUCUGGCUCAAUUGAGAUUAACGCAGGUCGAUGUGGUAAACGGUGCUGAACUGUUUGUUUAACCCAUCUGAUUCGACUCAAUGAACACUGGAUAUCUUCGAGAUCAGCAGAUCUUAUUGCUGCCCGAAAAGCCAUGCCAGCAACUAGCGACUAUGAUGAGGCACGCAUAUCCCUCAAACAUCGGAUAAUCAGGAGCUUGAAGAAUGACAGAGAACGCUGGUGGGUUUCGAACGCCCAGAAGAUGGAGAAGGCCUUCGCUGUAGGCAACAGCCGCGCUCCAUUUCGACUUAUUCGAUCAAUGGGUCAAAAGGAGGCAGGUGUCAGUGAGACAAUAUGCGGGAAAGACGGAACAGCAAUUCACUCCUUCAAUCUUCGUCUUGAGAGGUGGGCUGAGCACUUUGAAGAACAGUUCGCCUGGUCUCCUUCAACACAAUUGCUGGAAGAACAUAGCGGGCCCGAAUGGAACAUUGAUAUCAACCCACCAUUAGCAACCGAAAUCCAGCGUGAGAUUUCAAUCCCGAAGCGCGACAAGGCACCUGGUUCGGAUGGUCUACACCCCGUACUCUUCAAAGAAGGUGGCGAGGUCCUGGUGAACAAUCUGACGACCAUACUGCAGAAGAUUUGGAACGAAAACAGAAUACCAGUCGAAUGGAGCUCCUCCUUCCCAAUUUCCAAAACGGGAGAAAGAACGUCAUGUGAAAAUCAUCGUGGUAUCAGCUUGCUAUCCGCCGCAUCUGAAGUGCUCUCUGGCAUUAUUUUUCGCAGUUCUGUCGGGACAGUUGCGCCGCUCAGGCAUGGAGUGUUGGCUGUGCUCUUGAAGCAGCAUAUGAUCUUCUUUCCCCCCCUGAGCUUUGAUUUCAUUACAUGGUCUUUCGAGUCGGCUAUUCGAUGUAAACAUCUCACAAGACAAGAAGACGACCUGAAGGAACUGUGUAUUAACGCAAUUACAAACUUCUAUAUAUAUGAUUCAUUUGUCACCGUAUUUGAUGGUCGAUCCGCUGUCAACCAACCAGUGUGUCUCCCACACACCCACACUGGUUCUCGGUUGAUCAUAGAUGGCUGUCUGUGCGCUUGUGUACGGCUAUGGAGUGGCUGUGAACUUUCUGUGUCCCUAUUUGACCUUUCUCCGGCAUAUGAUGAAAUCGGAC